AUGUAUAACUUUUGCGCAGGCAUUUAACUUUUUUGCGCAGGCAUUUAUCUCAAAACCUGAAACAUGGCAGACAGAACUGUGGCUAUUUCUUCGGCCGAUAGUGGUGUUGGUGACGUGGCAGCAGUGGCUACGUCACAAAUUAGAAUUAACCUUAAAGUUUCUCGUGGGGAUUCCAGAUUGGAAGUGAAUGAACGGGGAAACUUUGUAGCACACAUUGAAGGCAACGUGUACACGAUUACGACUGCAAUUUUCCGGCAGUUUACUGUUCAACGUUUGUUGAUCGUAGGUGGUUCGGUAACGGCGAUCGCUUAUGGCUUGCACAGGCUUGGAUACAACGCUGGCCCAUUUUUCCCUGGCAGCAUUGCAUUUGUGAUUUCAACUGAACCUGACAAAGAACGCGCUCUUCGCCGCAGAUUGGAGAAUGGAAUGUUCUUGCAAGAGCUUAAGGAUGAAGUCAGUGAUAUAAUACAACAGCAUUCUGACAUACUGGGCGAUCUGAAGCAGUUCAAUAUAAUUUCGUGCAAAGAAAUCCAGGAAACACAAAAAGAAGGGGGGUCAGUAAACGUCAAAGAUGUUAAAAUGAAAGAUUCUGCUUUUAUGGCUUAUGAUGUUGAAAUUAGCAAGGGAGCAGGCGGUGCGAGUCAAGCAAGCGGAUCAGAGGGGAAAAGCAGUACACCCGAGAUGGCGAAAAAGGUCCAUGUGGAAAACUUGGAUAUGGAUAGUUCUGCUUUUAUGUCCUCCGGCGUACGCAUCGUUAAGCAAGACAAGUAGUGGGAUUGUUCGACUCUAAACAUUUAUACGGACUCUGGUUCGACUUUCUGUAUAAUUAUGUAGUAUAUGUAUGUGUAUUUUGACUAUUAAUUGUUUAGUUAGCCUAUAGUCUACCAGAUAAAACGUAUUAUAGUAGGGUGGGGAAAGAUGGUCCAUCUUUUCAUUAUACUCUUUUCUCAUCCCAUUUGAUAGUGAACAAAGAACAUUUACAUAGUUAUAAAACCGUAGCCCCACGACUCUAAAAGAGUGUUGUUAAUUGUUUAAAACACGAUUAGAAAAUAUGGGAUUUAGUUGCUAAAGGUGUCCCGUCUUACCCCACAUUACUAUACCAUACUUUAGCAUUGUAUAAAUGACAAUUCAUUAUUUAGCCUAUUUACCUGGUAAAACAUCUUAUAGACUAACUAAUUGUUUCGUAAAAAAAAUGUUGUUUUUAUAUUUUCACAUGUGUUGUUCCUUGCUAUGUUACUAUUUCGAUGAUUGUAAACCUGGUUCUGUUAUCGCAUUCCUACGUUCUUAAUGCAUUAAUUAUCUCACGGCGAAACUUUUUUACUUCAGCGGUUGGAAUAGCGGUUUUAAACGCAUUUUUUCAAAAUCUGUUUUGAUUUUGAAACUUUGAUGGUACCUUUAGAUCACAUUUGGACAUUUCUAUCCAAAAACAAUUUUUGAUUUUUCGUUGGUAUGCCCCUUUAAGUUUUCAACCUAAUUAUUACUUGCGCGUUUUCGGCGCCGUGUGUGAUUACACUUGCCUGUAGUGUGUUUUCUGUUUUGUCACUCGUUUGCUGUAGUGUAGCAACAGUUAGUAGUGUAGUUUUCAACUAGUGCGUUUAUGUAGCCUAUAUGCUAAGUGUGUGUGUUUUGAGGUUUUGUUCAAUCUGGUUAAUGAUUCGUGUUUCUAUUUUAAUAAGCUAGUUUAAAUAAGGUAAAUGGUUAAUAAAGAUUGUUACUUUAUCUUAUGGAAUCUAUAAUUCUGAAGUCAUUUAAUUGAUUUACAAAUAGUCUUAAAAAGAUUGAAAACUUUGUAAUACGGUACUCGUUGCCUUAUAAUAAAGUUUGAAUCAUAA